AUGACCGUCGGAAGCAAAAUUGAACCCUCUGACUUCUGGGAAAAGGCCGACAGCUGCCUUCUCAAAUAUGGAGGCGAAUUUGUGAGAGAAAUCAUAGUUGGCUCAAAAGGCCUGUAUGUGUACACAAAUAAAGGUAGAAAAAUCCUCGAUUUUACCUCCGGCCAAAUGUCGUGCUUAAUUGGUCAUUGCAAUAGCGAGAUCACAGAGGUUAUCACAUACUACGCCAGAAAUCUAGAUCACAUCUUCUCCGGCAUGCUAUCUCCACCGGUUGUGGAUCUUGCUUCCAAACUGGUCUCCCUGACUCCUGAAGGACUCGACAAGGCCAUAUUUCUGAGCACCGGAGCAGAGUCCAACGAGUGCGCCAUCAAGCUGGCCAAAACAUUCACCCAGAGAUUUGAAAUUGUCGGUCUUUCGCUAUCUUGGCAUGGUAUGACCGGAAAUGCUGGGUCCUGCACCUACCAGUCGGGAAGAAUCGGCCAUGGCCCAACUGUGCCAGGCCAGCUGAUACUGCCGGCUCCAAAUGAGUACCGCUCAAUUUUCAGACAUCCAGACGGGUCCUACGAUUGGAAGACAGAAUUGCUUUAUGGGUGGUCUCUUGUUGAUGCCGCCUCUGUUGGAUCUCUUGCUGCGGUGAUUUUAGAGCCUGUGCUCUCGUCUGGCGGAAUGCUCGUCCUUCCGGAUGGCUACCUUAAGGAAAUGAAACUACAGUGCGAGAAGCGUGGAAUGCUGCUUAUUGUUGAUGAGGCACAGACAGCCAUUGGCCGUGCAGGAUCCAUGUUUUCGUGCAUUGAUUCCGGUGUUGUCCCAGACAUUUUGACCUUGAGUAAAACUCUUGGAAACGGGCUUCCUUUGUCUGCCGUGAUGACUUCCAACGAGAUAGCCAAGGUGACUGAGGAACGGGGAUUUCUAUUCUACACCACCCACGUCAAUGACCCAAUUCCUGCUGCCGUUGGGUCAAAGGUGUUGGACAUUGUGCUGAGAGAGAAUAUGGUGCGAAACUCCGUUGAACGCGGUGAGCAGUUCAGAAACGGACUACGAGACCUGGCAAAAACGUUUCCGUGGAUUGGGGACGUCAGAGGCAAGGGCCUGAUGUGCGGGAUGGAGCUGGUGAAAGACCGCAAAUCAAAGGAGCCUUAUCCCGAGCUUGCAUCGAAGUUAGCAACUAAAAUGAUGGAACUUGGGCUUUCCGCUAACUUGAUUGCAGUCAAGUCUUUUGGCACCACGUUCAGAAUGGCGCCUCCUAUUUCCAUCUCGGAAAAAGAGAUGGAUGAAGGGCUGGCAAUAAUAAAAAAUGCAUUUACGGCUGUUGUGACCGAAGGUUUAUAG